GACUGGGAAAGAGGGGUGUUUCUAACUGGGAACAGAGCACGCACUGUUUCAGAUUACACACACACACUGAGAGGGAGAAACAGAAAGAAAAGGAGAGAAAAUCCCAGGGACUCCUUUCUUUUCUUGACGUUUAGUUGGGUUUAUGGAGCCUACGGGUCUGCAAAAUGAAGCUCUCUGCUGUUGCGAUAGUUCUCCUGACUAGAGCUUUUAUUGGAGAGCUGAGUGACGCUCUAAAUGUGACCGUCAAACCUGGGCCAAUCAGCAUGUGUAUGGAGGGAGACAACAUCACUUUGUCCUGCUUAGUGUCUCAGAGAAAGAUAAGCAGCCAUGUCCUGGUGCUACGCUGGCUCUACUUCCCCACCCCUGAAGACGAACACCUCGUGGUCAGGAUGGGCAUGAAGAAGAGCAAAUAUUAUGGCAACUACAGCAAACACUUUCCCCAGAGCAAGUUCCACUUGUGGGAAGAAAUGGAUGGUCAGAUCUACCGUUUGCUGAUCCUGAAUGUGUCCCUGGAGGACAGGGGCAACUAUACCUGUAAAGUGCAGGAAAUACGGAAGCACAGAAAAAAGUGGAAGGCCUCGUCGAAUGGAACAGGGAGCAUGGAAUUACGAGUACAUCAUAUACCGAGCACAGGAAAGGCUGAUGUCAUAUGGCGCAUGUUUAAAGAUUUGUAUCUGUGUGCUGUGCUCAUCUGCUCUAUCGGUCUGGUCUGUAUGCUUGUCUUUGCCAUGACUAUCACAUGUCAGCACCUGCAGCACAAACGAAGACUACGAGCCAGUUAUUAUCUUGUGAAGUGUCCUGAAAACAGUUCAGGAGAGACAGUUACCAGUGUGUCCAGCUCCUCUCCUGCAAUGCACAGAAAAGAGAGACGACACAAACCGCAGCUCAGAAACAUCACUGAACAGCUACCACCACCACAGAUCCCAGCUAAAGCACCUGUACCAAGAAAGCCACGUAGGACCAAACUUUUAAGGGCACAACCUACAAAAAUGCCAAGGGUUGUAGAGGACAGUCUGACAUACGCAGAGCUGGAGCUGGUGAAACCGAAGCCUGAGCUGAAAACAGACUUGACUGGAUGUGCACAAAUUGAGCCUACAACACAAUGCACGGGGACUGUAUACGCCCAAAUACUCUUUGUCGAGAAGCAAGUGUAAAUAUGUACAGUAUAGAGUUUCAUACCAAAAUUAUUUAUGAGAUUAAAAUAUUUUUACCUACACCCUGAUGUUGUUAUUUCAUGUGUACUAGUAUUAGUAUAAAAUCUGUCAUACAACAACAGCAUUUUCUUUCAAAAAGUAAGGAUUGCAUUAUGAAUUUAACUCCAAACAUGCAUAAUUUUAUUAUGCAAUUUUGUAAAGUAUGUAACAAUUGUAUGUUUUUGCUAUGUUGUAUAAAAUAAAGAUUAAUCCUCUAAAAGCAGAGGAUGACACAGU